UCGGUCGGUUGGCUCCGCCGCACACUCCCGGCCUAACUCCAACUAACCACGUGAAAAAUCUAAACAGUCAACGCGCUUACUGCUGCUUAUACUGACAGCGUGGACCUGUGUGCUCGGCCGCUGCGUGCCAAACCGAAAGCGACUCGUCGUCCAGCCACCCCUUAUAACACAGCGGCCUUCCCUAAUUUUCAGCCACCUACCUGCCCGCGCGCACAAGCCGCGAGCGAGGCACCCAACCACCGCCGGCGGCCGCGGUCGGCAAUGGAGCACUACGAGAGGCUGGAGAAGAUCGGCGAGGGCGCCUCGGGCGUCGUCUACAAGGCGCGGGACCGCCGCACGGGCGCCACCGUCGCCGUCAAGCGCCUCCGCGGCGGCGGCUUCGGCGACCACGACGGCAGCCGGCUCUCCGAGGACCUCCUCCGCGAGGCCGCGUGCCUCGAGGCCUGCCGCGGCCACCCGUCCGUCGUCGAGCUGCGGGCCGCGCACCGCGACGGCGCGGGCGGCGCGUUCCUCGUGAUGGAGUACGUCGGGCCCAGCGUGGCGCAGGUCAUGCGGGAGCGCGGCCGGCCCUUCCCCGAGGCCGACGCGCGCCGGCUCAUGCGCCAGCUCCUGGACGGCGCCAGGGCGAUGCACGACCUCGGGGUCCUGCACCGCGACCUCAAGCCGGACAACGUCCUCGUCGACGCCCACGGCGACCUCAAGAUCUGCGACUUCGGGAUGUCGCGCUUCGCCGCCGGAGGUGCCGCGACGGCGCCGCCCUACACGUCGCCCGUGGUCACGCUGUGGUACCGCGCGCCGGAGCUCCUGCUUGGCUCCACGGAGUACGACGCGCGGGUGGACACGUGGGCGCUCGGGUGCAUCAUGGCCGAGCUGCUCGCCGGCGCGCCGCUGCUGCCGGGGAGGUCGGAGAUGGACCAGCUGAACAGGGCGUUCGACACGGUCGGGGCCGACGACAUGACGGACUGGCCCGGCUUCAGCCGGCUCCCGCGCGCCGGCUCGCCGCUCUGCCAGCGCAGCAGGCCGCCGAGCCGGCUGCGGGAGAUGUUCCCGUCGCUCUCCGCCGCGGGCUUCGACGUCCUCAGCGGGCUGCUGGCAUGCAGGCCGGACAGGAGGCUCACGGCCGCGGACGCGCUCCGGCGGCCCUGGUUCACGGACGCCGAGUCGGCCGACGCCGACCAGCCUCUCAACGCCUGCCGCUUCACGGCGCGCGUCGGUGGCGUCGCUGACGCCAUCGUUGUGUAGAAAGCUCUAGAUUCGCCAUGAUUCAACAUUCUUUUAAUCGGCUGGAGAUUCGCUUGGCAGAGUGUACAGUUUUGGUGGCGGCUUUGGCGCUCCUGUCCUCUGCUCUGCGUUGUUGCACUGUCGUCUUCAGUUCCGUUUAGGCUGGUGGGAUAGCCGGUGAAGUGGCACGGGUUCCUCGAGGGUCCUGCCGAUUAGUUCAUCAUUUUUUCCCUCCUCUUGUUUAUGUUGUCCUUGCAAAGCAAUCGCAGCGAGCAUCUUGUGAUA